CGUAGGUGGGGAGGGAAAGGAGGGUGUCGACUUGCAUCCUCCAAAAAUAACUGUCAAGAAUAAAGAAGAGAUCGUUUGAUAUCCCGUUAUCAUCAGACGCCAAAAUUAUUAAAUCGCGUAACCAAACUGUAUGACAAUAAUAUAAAUAGAGGAUAAUUAUAAAAAAUUUCUUUCACCCUUCUGUUGUAUAUUUAAUGACAAAUUCUGUAUAAAUCUUGCACGUCUCUUUUAGCAACUUAUGCGCACAUCUAGUGGCGCGUGGUGAGGCCGUCGAUAGACAGUAGGGGAGAAAAACCUUUGAACGAUCGCCGAGCUAAUUGUGGGGGUUCGAAUAAUAAAAUCAUAGGAUCUGCGGGUGUCGCAUAAAUAUCUUUCCGUGAAAAAAUUGUAUAAAUAAAAUAUUUUACCGCUGUUUUAUCGAUUUGAAAUAUUCCAAAAGUGGAAUCGCAAGGUACAUCUCCGUAAAGUUCAUCAAUUGCAACACCUGCUAAGGGAGACAGCUUUGUAUCUUAUGUAUGAAUGAACCCCCGAUGCAUUGAUCGAUUUUGCCUUAAAAUAAACCGUUUCUGUUGCGUGUGUGUAUUUUUUCUCUAUACGACGUGAAUUGUGGGACGAGAUAAAUAGUGUUUUAUCAUAACCGUUCGUUCCAUGCACGUUAAUACAUAAGAAUACUAAACCCAUUAAAACCGCUAAAUCGCAAAUUAUACCCAUGGAAAAAAGACGUUUACGAUAAUCAAACGUUAUAAAGGUUACCCAUUCAAAUAUAACGACGACAACGGCGUCGCCGAGAUCGACGACAACGAAGAGGAGAAAGAGAACAAAGAGGAUUUCGACGCCGACGAAGAGGAGGAAAAUUGUCAGUCAGCGGUUAUAUUCGAAAGCGAUCGCACAUCUGCUACCGCGAGUCCGCGAAUAAAAUAGGGUGCAGGUGUAGGCGUAUGAAAGAGCCGAGAUUCGGUGAAAUUUAUUACAUCUGUUAAAGCGACCCCGUUUUUCGGGGGUAAAACCGUCACGACGGCCGAUGUCAGGAUGCCGGAGCAGAGCAACGACUACAGAGUCGUCGUCUUCGGGGCUGGCGGGGUUGGGAAAAGUUCCUUAGUAUUACGUUUUGUGAAAGGAACAUUUCGCGAAUCCUACAUACCAACCAUCGAAGACACUUACAGACAGGUGAUAAGCUGCAACAAAAACAUCUGCACAUUACAAAUAACCGACACUACAGGAUCUCAUCAAUUUCCGGCUAUGCAACGAUUGUCAAUAAGUAAAGGUCACGCCUUCAUACUCGUAUAUUCUGUAUGCUCAAGACAAAGUCUUGAAGAACUCCGACCGAUUUGGGCAGUUAUUCGCGAACUCAAAGGCCAGGAUGUUUCCCAGAUACCGAUCAUGCUGGUUGGCAACAAAUGCGACGAGAGUCCUUCGGUUCGAGAAGUAUCGAUGAGCGAGGGUGAAGCUGAGGCAGCAAAUUGGGGUUGCGGAUUUCUCGAGACAUCUGCAAAGACGAACCACAACGUGAACGCUUUAUUCCGUGAUUUAUUGACCUUGGAGAAAAAUCGCACAGUAUCAUUACAACCGGUUCAGAGUAAUAAUGCGAUAAGCCUUAAGGAAAAAUGUGCCGUUAUGUAAUUAGUGAAAAAUCUCAAAUAAUACGCGGCCAUCAGUCGAGCCGAUAAGAAAAUUUCAAAAAAAUUCAAAGGAAACGAAAAUUGAAUCCAGCUAUCCCAGCCGUAGUACCAUACGACAUGUCAUAAUAGUUUUAAUUACUAUUGGAGUACGGUAAUAACUGCACAAUCCAAGUACAUAUUUACGUCGAGAAAAUAAAAUAGCUACAGACUCUCCCAAACUGAUAGAGCAUACAUCGCAUUGCGAAUUAAAAAUCAGUCUGAAAAAAUCUAUGGAAAUCGAAAGCCCCGCUCUCCAAAAUCCAGGUGAAAAUUCAACGGUAUUAUCAACCUACAUAUAUCUUCCGAAUAAAUAUUCGAACAUCUGUAUCGGCAUGAGAAAAUAAUAAUAACAAUAAUAAUAAUAAUUUCAAUGUCAAUAGAGUUAAAUUAGGUCGCUCGACAUGAUACAUCAUACGUAUGUUUAUAAUUAUACCUACAGCAGCUACACUAAACUACGUAAUUAAUACCUAAUAAUGAUGGUAGCUAAUAAAUCAAUAAAUCCAUGAUUAUAUAAAUAGGUUAUACAUAAAAUACAUCGCGGCUGCGUUUCGUGGGGAUAAACAGAGAUAAUUAUUAGAUCAAAAUCUUUCAUUCGUUAAAUACUUCUCAAAUCGUAUAGCUAUAAUUACAUCCCGAUCAGAAUUUUGGAAUUGGAAUCACGUUUUUUGUGACAAUUUACGAUAUACCUAGUCAACCGAAUAAUGAUAAUAUUAAUAACUGGAAAAAACAAAAAACAAAAAAAAACUCAAUUCGUUAGAUCUCGAAUACAAAAACUACAAUUCGUAGUUACGUAUAUGUAUAGUAACUAACAAUACAUGAAUUUAAUGAAGAUUCUCCUUCAAAAUUAUUGUGAUCAAUCGGUAUUGCGUAACAAUUAUCCGGUCAUGUUACGUUUUAAUGGAUUGUAACAAUAUUAAUUAUUAAUUAGGACAAACCGAUUAGGAACAUUCACUCUUUAUCCAAAAAACAGGUGCGUACCGAAGCAGGAAGAAAAAGCAAAAUAUAGCAUGAAAUGAAAUGAAAUGAAAAUCAAAUGAAUGAUAAACUUUUUAGCCAAAACUAUGACUUGGAUAUUAUAUACAUACACGGAUUAUCGAAAGAUUGUUACAUCUAUAUACAUAGUACAAUAUACUCUGUGUAUAGUUGAGUAACGCGUUUUUGCCUGUAACGCGUAGUUUAUAUACAUAUUGAAAAUAUAAAAAUUAUUAAUUUAUUAUACAUGUAUAAUAAUCAUAUGUAUAUUAUGAUAUAUUUCUAGAAAUAUGUCGUAAAAAUCAGCGGUAAUGUUUCUCGGGUGAAAUGGGGGGGGGGGGGGGGGGGAUGGAUGGAGACAAAAUAGAAAAACUAAAUAAUAAAUUGAAGAAAAAAAAAAUAAAAUUGUUACACGGUUGGUUUUUGUUGAAUAGUUGUAAGAUUUUGUAACAACGCUACUAUAGAGUUGAUUAUUGUAUCUAGUAUAAAUACAUGAUAUAUAGAUAACAUUAUUAUUUAUACAUACCAUUAUAUAACACGUUAUAUCGAAAAAAGAAAACAACAUUUAUGAAUUAUUAUAUUAUUAAUUAAUAAUAAUAAUAAUAAUUUUAACGACAUUGGAAUCGCUAUUCGAACGCAAUAGACGUACGUUUAUAUACUAUUAAAAAAUAUAUUUACUAUUAUAGACAUAUAUUAUAUCAUAGAAGUGUGUAUAGAGCACUGUAUUUAGGGGUUAGGAGGCUGUUACGAAUAUUUGAAAAUAAUUAUGAAAAAUAUACAUGUAACAAUAUCAUUGGAUAGUGAUCUCUGUUGGCGAACUUUUAGACGCGAAAAGCUGCUGUGCGGCUUAUACAUACAUACUGAAAAUUACUACCUAAGAUAAAUAAGUUUUUCAUAAUCAUGAUUUAACUUAUACAACUCAUGAUAUUGCAUAUCGUUUUUCAACAAAAGAAAAAAAAAAGAAGAAAAAAAAAUGAAGAGGAAAAAUAAUCAUAGCAACAAUAAUAUGACACGACAAACGAAUACUGUAUCUACUCAAAAAAUAAUUUAUCUACCCAUUUAUUCAUAAAUAGAUGUGUGCUUUUUCUUUUUUUCUUUUUUAACACACGCACCGCAGUAUAAAAUGUAGCUAUAUUUAUUACUUAUAAUAUAAUUCUCAUGUAUAAUAUUUACGGCAACAAAGAAAAAACAGUUAAAGUUUUUAAUCAAAUCAAAUCUACACAACGACUAUACCUAUAGAAAUUUAUCGAUCGAUCAGCUAGAUUAUUUUGAACAAGAUUUUAAAUAUCAAAAUUUACACCACAAAACUAAGUGCACAAAUUAUAUCAUCAAACUGUAAAUUUAACUAAACCGCGGCUGUAUAUCUUGUAGAAUUUCCCCAUAUCAAGCUAAAAGGAAAAGCAAAAAGUGAUCCGAAAAUAAGAAGACGAAAUAAAAACCGAAUGAAAUAAUUAUCGAUCAAUAUUAUUACGAACUGUAUUUCUAUACAUUGUAUAAUUGCCAGAAUAUUAUCACACUAUUACCUAAUUAACGAAUGAAUAUCAUUAUUGAAAUUUGACGAGUAAUAAUACAUAUCUAUAAAUUAUAUCCUGAUUCCGUAAAAAAAAAAAGAAAAAGUAAACAAAAAAAAGCUGAAAAAAACGGAAAAAGUAUAAAACAGGAUUGUAUAAAUGCACAAAAAAAAAAAAAAUCAUAACAAAUGAACAAAUAAAUGAAUAAUUAAAGGAAAAAAAAGGGAAAAAACGAAGGCAAGAAACAAAUAAAUUAUGAUAAAAACAAUUUGUUUAAAUGAAAACUAUCUGAUUUCGGGGCCAAUUGAAAGUAUGUGAGCAGGAGAAGACGUGAAUAAUUCGGAUCCUCGGGAGAAAAAAGAAUAAGAAAAAAGAAAAUUAUUGGUACGAGGAUAAGAAUAAAAUAAAGCUCUAUUAUAAUACGCAUGAGAAUGGUAUUCACCUAUUAUUGUACACACAUAAUUACUAUUACUAAGUAUAUUAUUAUACUUAGAAGAAAAAAAAAAAGAAUAAUUAUUUCUUAGUGACGGUCUGCAAAACUUUCUGGAAUAGAUAUUACGAUUUACUACAAUUAUAGUAUUUUGUAUUAACUUUUUUUCAUUAGAGAUCUUAAGCGUCGAUUUGAGAUGUUCCUUUUUAUUUUAUUUUAUUUUUUUCGUUCUUAUACGUUGUGUAAAUAUAAUAACAGCGCGCGUGUCGAUAUAUACGUCAAUGAAUUGAAAGUUUUAUAAUUGUGAAUACUAAGUACUUACUAUUCCACACAUACUUUUGCCCUGUCACUAUACGUGUAAAAUUUCUUCUAUAUUAUAACGUUGAAUUCCCUUCAAUUCUCUCUAUAUCAUAUAAUUCAAGAAAACAUAUAUAAUUAUUAUUGUUAUAUUAUCUAUAUUUCUCUAAAACUCACUGUUAUCGAAAGAGGAAAAAAAAGAAAAAAAAAAACGGAAUCCCACAGUUAAUUUUGCAGCAUCCCCCUUGAUUCACGCACUUUUUCUAUAUACUUAUAGCGUCCUUUUGUAUAUCUACAAUGAUUCACGAUUAUCCCGUCGAUCGCUUCGAUGACUAUUUAUAAUAUAAUCUCCUUUGUACGAUUACUUUCGCUCCGACAACAUGAAACGACCGCAAAAUAACGCGUUGCAAAGACUGUAUUUUAAUCUCGUACCACGUAGCCCUCGCUGCGAGGACUGGGACCUAAUUUGAUCGAAACUCGACAGAUAAUUUUGUUGUAACUAAUAAUUACGUAUGUCGUCUACAAUAAUGUCUCACCCGAAGCCCGUAGUGUAUCAUAUCUUGUAAUUUUUAUUCUUACUCGUAUCUUUCCCGUUAUUAGUUUGUAAUUUUCUCUCUUUCGCUGUUUCAUCUCCUUUUAUACGUGGAUCAGAUAAUUUAUUUUUGCUUCGAGGGCACAAGAAGAAUUUAUAUAUAUGUAUGUAUAUGUACCUCAUGAUAUAUCGAGAUUUAUCGAAUACAUUAUUAUAUAUAUAAAAUUGAAAAAAUUGUUGACAGUUCUUUUUUUCCAAAUGUACCUCGCACUCGGUUAUUCGCGCACUUAAAUUUAAAACUAUCGCGACAUAUUGAUAUAUACAUACCUAUACCAUACAUAUGUACGCACGAGACGUUGACACAACUAUGUAUAAUGUAGAUACUUUUGUCACCGUGAUAAUCGCCCGUUGCUCUGCAGCGAACCAUCUGUUCGGAUAAUAAUACCUUCACCUAAUUUUAUCCUGUACAUACACCUAGAGCCCUAUUUGUAUAUAAUACAUAUAAAUCCAUCGGUCUUUAUUUACAAAUAUUUCUCAUUAUAUAUUCUACAUAUCGACGAGUAGCGUAACAUCGAAGAAAAAAAAUUCGACAACUAUUGCGUGUUGUAAAAGAAUUAUUAUUCGAUCAUUCGGUUCUUUCUAUCAAAUUUCUAUCGGCACAUCAUUCAGUUUAUUGAACCCCGAAUAUUUAUCAAAGUAAAAAUGAAAAUAUGAAACAUUCAAGAUAUCGAUCUUGUAUUAUUUAUCAACUUUUAUGUACAAAAACAAUAAGGUGUGUGCAAUGGUGUAGGCCAAUGGGUAUACGUAUAUGCAUCUGUUUGCAUGUGAUUAACUGUUGUUUAUCGUUUUCUCCAAUAAAGAGAAACGCAAUAUAGAAAAAAUGAUCAAUUCAAUGUGUUCAUCUGACAUGCUUAAUCCAUCGAAUCGCGAGUGAUGAUUCAUUGAAUUAUACCGAUUGUAAAUUUUAUCGCUGUGUAAUUCAUAUAAUUAUUUUAUUAUGAUAUUUUCAGUUAUAUGUAUGUCAUGACGAUAAUGCUCAUCAUAAUGUUUAUUUUAUUGUUACGUAGGUACCCAGCUAUGAAUUAAUAAUUUUUCUAGAAUGGAAGAAACACAUAUCACAACAGAUAUACCGUAUGUCAUACGUAUGUACUUGUAGAAUGCGAAUGCACAGAUUGAGCGCCACAGAUGAAGUUCGAAUACCUAUAGAUAUAAUACCAAUACCUAUAAAAGUGAUUAAUUGAAUUAUAUUAUUAAAGUUAUCACCACACUUAUAUCAACCUGUAUUCGAUUGUUAUUCGCUACGUUGAAUUCUGUAUACUAUUGUAAUAGAUAUUUACAUAAUAACAUAUAACCUUCAUUCUUGGCAA